GGCGUUUCCAGGAAGAGUUGUUACAUUUUCCUGUAAUGGCGGACCAGACAGACAGCGAAACUAUCGGCUUCAACGAUAACAGAAUGGCGCAGCAGCCCGUGCGGUUUCGCGGCCCUGCGCCCGUCCAAUCCCCGGUGCUGCGCGGCCCCCCUCCGCUCCUCAGACCGCCGCCCCCUCCUUUCGGAAUGAUGCGAGGACCGCCGCCACGGCCUCCGUUUGGACGGCCGCCCUUUGACCCAAACAUGCCACCGAUCCCGCCACCUGGAGGCAUGCCACCGCCGAUAGGACCUCCUCACCUACAGCGACCUCCGUUCCUGCCUCCACCCAUCGGCAGCAUGCCUCCGCCUCCAGGGAUGCUGUUCCCCCCCGGGAUGCCCCCCGUCUCAGCCGCCGUAGCGCCGGGCAUGACCCCGACCGAGGAGAUCUGGGUGGAGAACAAGACGCCAGAGGGGAAGGCCUAUUACUACAACGCAAGGACCAGGGAGUCUGCAUGGAGUAAACCAGAAGGGGUCAAGAUCAUCCAACAGUCAGAGCUCAACCCUAUGCUGGGGACGGCUGGCCCUUCUGUGACCGUAGGGGGAGCCGUACCCGCCAGCUCAGCCAACGUCAACACUACAGCCAGCACAGUCGUAGUAUCGGCCUCCUCCCCUGGCCAGGCGCCCUCCCCGACACCCUCUCGCACGCUGGCCUCUAGUCCAGAUCCCAGCAACUCGUCCCCUUCUGUGUCCAUGGCAGACCUAGCCCAUGUUGCAAAAGUGACCUCGGGUAUGGGAGCGUCUCCCGUCACCGUGGUGACUGUUACCACGGUGCCAUCGCCGGUCACGGCAGUGCAGACCAUGACCAUGAUUCCCACAGCCCUCACUCACAGUGUUGCCCAGUCCAGCUCCAACAUGCCUUCCUUCCCACCAGUGAUGGUGCCCCCCUUCAGAGUGCCUUUGCCCGGCAUGCACAUCCCGCUGCCAGGUGUAGCAAUGAUGCAGAUAGUAGGCUCGCCCUAUGUAAAGGCAGGCCACGGCGCCAACGGGAUGAUUCCUGGCAUGCCCCCCUCCAUGGUCCCCAUGAUGCACCCCCAGCUGGCGAUGACGGCAGGGCCCGGCUCGCUGGCGGGCCUGCAGCUGCCCGAGUGGUCAGAGUACAAAACGGUGGACGGGAAGACCUACUACUACAACAACCGGACCCUGGAGUCCACCUGGGAGAAGCCCCAGGCCUUGCUGGAGAAAGAGAAGGAACUGGAGAAGGCCAAGGAGCGCCUGGCCCAAGUGGAGGCAGAGGCCAUGGAGAUGGAGGAGGAGGAGAAUAAGGCAGCCGCCGACAACGAGAAAGAGGAGCUUAAAGAGGAGGAGAUGACGGAAGAAGAGAAGGCUGCCCAGAAAGCUAAACCUGUAGCAACGAACCCUAUCCCUGGAACUCCCUGGUGCGUGGUCUGGACGGGAGACGACCGGGUGUUCUUCUAUAACCCUACCACGCGUCUCUCAAUGUGGGACCGGCCCGAGGAGCUGGUUGGCCGGGCGGACGUGGACAAGAACAUUCAGGAACCGCCACACAAAAGAGGACUGGAAGACAGCAGAAAGACAGCCCUUAUUAAGGCAGAACCAGAGUCCUCCGCACCUGCUGAGGACAAUCAGGAGGAGGAGCCAAUCAAAGCCAAGAAAAGGAAGAAAGAGGAGGUCAAGGAGGUUGAGACAGAAAAGGAAGCGGCGAUGGAGCUGGAGCUGAGGGCGGCCCGUGAGAGGGCCAUAGUGCCCCUAGAGGCGCGGAUGACCCAGUUCAAAGACAUGCUGCUGGAGAGAGGGGUAUCUGCUUUCUCCACCUGGGACAAAGAACUACAUAAAAUAGUCUUUGAUCCUCGAUAUCUGCUGCUCAACCCCAAGGAGCGGAAACAGGUGUUUGAUAUAUAUGUAAAGACAAGAGCUGAGGAGGAGAGGAAGGAGAAGAAGAAUAAGCUGAUGCAGGCCAAAGAUGAAUUCAGGAAGCUGAUGGAGGAGUCCAAGCUCACUCCAAGAACAACGUUUAGUGAGUUCGGGGUGAGACACGGCAGAGAUCCCAGAUUUAAGAGCAUCGAGAAGAUGAAGGACCGAGAGACCAUCUUCACAGAGUUCAUGACGUCUCUGAGGAAGAGGGAGAAGGAGGACUCCAAAACCAGGGGGGAGAAGGUGAAGAUAGACUUCUUCGAGCUGAUGGCAGAGCACCACAUAGAGGCAGGUCCUCGCUGGAGUAAGGUGAAGGACCGGCUGGAGACAGACCCCCGCUACAAAGCCGUGGAGAGCUCCGCCCUCAGAGAAGAACUGUUCAAGCAGUACAUUGAUAAGCAGGCCAAGAGUGUGGACAUCGACAAGGAGCGGGAGAUGGAGCGUCACGCGCGUAUUGAGGCCAGUCUGCGGGAGCGGGAGCGGGAGGUGCAGAAGGCUCGCUCGGAGCAGACCAAGGAGAUCGACCGAGAGAGGGAGCAGCACAAGAGAGAGGAGGCCAUCCAGCACUUCAAAGCCCUCAUGUCUGACAUGGUGCGCUCCUCGGACGCAGCCUGGUCAGACACGCGGCGGAACCUCCGCAAGGACCACCGCUGGGAGUCAGCGUCGCUGCUGGAGCGGGAGGAGAAGGAGAAGCUGUUCAACGAGCACGUGGAGGCGCUGGCCAAGAAGAAGAAAGAGCACUUCCGCCAGCUGUUGGAUGAGACCAGCAUGGUGAGGACGGCUGCAGAGAAAGGAUCCUCACAGAUAACCCUGACCACAACGUGGAAGGAGGUGAAGAAGAUCAUCAAAGAAGAUCCUCGCUGUAUCAAGUUCUCCUCCAGUGACCGGAAGCGACAGCGAGAGUUUGAGGACUACAUCAAAGACAAGUACAUCACGGCCAAAGCAGACUUCAGGACCCUCCUGAAGGAGACAAAGUUCAUCACCUACAGGUCGAGGAAGCUGAUCCAGGAGUCGGAGCAGCACCUGAAAGACGUGGAGAAGGUCCUCCAGAACGAUAAGCGCUACCUGGUGCUGGAGUGCGUACCAGACGAGCGCAGGAAGCUCAUCAUGUUCUACAUCGAAGACCUGGACCGGCGUGGACCUCCUCCCCCCCCGACCGCAUCCGAGCCCACCAGGCGCUCCACCAAGUGACCCGCCUGACCGCCAUGCUGCCCCCUGUCCCCCCCGUCCCGGCCAGAGCAUGUGACCACCACCACCCCCGCCCCCUGCCCCAGCAGGGCCACUGGGCUUCCUGAGCAGUGUUAUGGCUGGACAGGGAUUUUUAUUGCUUAGACAUGUUCCAUAGAGAUGUACUGUUGAAGUCUCUGUGUUAUGUCGCCUUGUAGCCCUCGUUUAAAAUAAUAAAGAAGAAAAAAAGCUCUCUUGGCCGAAACUACAGCAGGGAAGUGAGGGUCCACGGUUUUGGUGACCUCGAACUCCUGCACUCUGAGUAUUAGAGGAGCAGCGCGGGGCUGAGGCUGCAGCACAUGGCCUCAGAGAGGUGUAAGAUAGCUGAUGUAAAUGAUGGAGUGUAUGUGUGCGUCUGGGGCUCGGAGCCCUGCUGCCCCACUGGGCCGGUCAUUGUGUCAGUGGCUGUGUGAAUGUUUGUUUCUUCUCAGUGGGUAAUGCUGAUGUUGCAGCAGUUUCUGUUGGAUCAAAUAAAGGCAUAUUCCGCUGUUUUUUUUCUUCCAAUUUCU